GGCUGGGCGCUGGAAGAAGACAGAUGGUCUGCGCCCGCAGCAGACUCGCGCCGCGCACGCUUCUCUCCGUUGUCCUCGUCGCCUACGCUGCCGCACCAUGAGCGCCCCAACGCAGGUGGUCAACUUCGGGCCCGGGCCUGCCAAGCUACCGCGCUCGGUAUUGUUAGAGAUCCAAAAAGAACUGUUAGACUACAAAGGAAUUGGGAUUAGUGUUCUUGAAAUGAGCCACAGGUCGUCGGAUUUUGCCAAGAUUAUUAACAACGCAGAGAAUCUUGUGCGGGAAUUGUUAGCCAUUCCAGAUAACUACAAGGUGAUUUUUGUGCAAGGAGGUGGGUCUGGCCAGUUCAGUGCUGUCCCCUUAAACCUGAUUGGCCGGAAAGCAGGAAGGUGUGCUGACUAUGUGGUAACAGGCUCUUGGUCAGCUAAGGCCGCAGAAGAAGCCAAGAAGUUUGGGACUGUGAAUAUCGUCCACCCCAAACUUGGGAGUUACACGAAAAUCCCAGAUCCAAGCACCUGGAACCUCAGCCCAGACGCCUCCUAUGUGUAUUACUGCGCCAACGAGACCGUGCAUGGAGUGGAGUUUGACUUCAUCCCUGAUGUCAAGGGGGCAGUGCUGGUUUGCGACAUGUCCUCAAACUUCCUCUCCAAGCUGGUGGAUGUUUCCAAGUUCGGCGUGAUUUUUGCCGGUGCGCAGAAGAACGUGGGCUCUGCUGGGGUCACUGUAGUGAUCAUCCGUGAAGACCUGCUGGGGUUCGCGCUCCGAGAGUGCCCCUCGAUCUUGGAAUACAAAGUACAGGCUGGAAACGGCUCCUUGUACAACACGCCCCCAUGCUUCAGCAUCUACGUCAUGGGCUUGGUCCUGGAGUGGAUUAAGAAUAAUGGCGGUGCAGCAGCCAUGGAGAAGCUCAGUGCCAUCAAAUCGCAGAUGAUUUAUGAUAUUAUUGAUAAUUCUCAAGGAUUCUAUGUAUGUCCAGUGGAGUCCAAGUAUAGAAGCAAGAUGAAUAUUCCAUUCCGCAUUGGCAAUGCCAAAGGAGACGAUGCUUUAGAAAAAAGAUUUCUCGAUAAAGCUCUUGAACUCAAUAUGAUCUCCUUGAAAGGACAUAGGUCUGUGGGAGGCAUCCGGGCCUCUCUGUAUAAUGCUGUCACGAUUGAGGAUGUUCAAAAGCUGGCGGCCUUCAUGAAGAACUUUCUGGAGAUGCAUCAGCUAUGAACCCAUCUUGACCAAUAUAUACUCUGCCCUUGAACAGUGUAUAAAAUCUAAAGUAACUUGGGAAUGAGGAUAGAAACCUAGCAAACACGGUAUUUUUCUCGAGUGAACGUGCUUAUUACAGAUCUCAGUUUUUUUUUUUAAAGAACGACAGCAAAACAUCCACAGCUCUGCAAAGCUGGUGGGUCUUAACGGCCCCCACCUUAAUUCUGAUGUGAACUGGAAGCAUUUUUAAAAAGAAAAAUCUCCCUUUAGCUUUUCUAGUGAAUUCCGACUAACUUUGUCUUUGCUGCUACUUUUUCUAGCUAGAUCUCAGUAUUCAAACCUGCCUGUGGACUUAAUUGUGCAAAUUGAAGUUACUGAUUUCUGGAGACACAGACAUGGCACGGAGGCUGGGUGGGGACCGGGAUUCAACAGGUGCUGAAUCUUGAUCCUUUACAAAAUGACAUGGUGGAGUCUCCUGGGUUCUGCACCUGGUAAUUCAGGUCCACACUGCCUGUGUGGUGAUGUUUAGGGGUUCCAGGCUCAAGGGCAAGCUGGGGUAUCUUUCUUUAUCCUGUUACUCUCAUUAAAGAGAUAAAAGUGACAUACUAUAUGUUCACAUAGCAAAGUCUGUUUUUAAUACCAAAUAGUUUAUAUCUCUAUGCAGUCUGUUUCUAAUAAUACGGUUCUUGGGGAUGCAUGUAGAGACUUAAGAGAAUUUGUUAGAAUCCUUAACCUCACGUAUUACAGGUUAAUGCUUGCAACGGUGUGUCCCUUCCCUCCCUCUUCCCUCUCCAAAAAACCUGCUUCACAGGAUUUAGAAGUUCUCUGAUUUCCUUUUAUGUUCCUUUUAGUGGAUAGAAGAGAAGGUUGGUUGGUUGCUAUGUUCUUUAUUUUUCGGUUAGGCUGUUAAAUUAAAAUUCUCUGUUAAGCUCCCUUCUCGUUGGUUCACUUGACGGCUUUUUAUAGUGUUUGACCAGUGAUGCUGUGAGUUCUGGAGAAUCUUUGCUGAAGAGUUUUUUCCCUGUUUGUCCAUUGUCAGUAUUUUCUCUUGACUGUGUGGAGGACAUGAAAGUCCUAAAACAUCUAAACGUUUGACAAUAAAUUUCUUUACCUGCUAUUU